GAUAGAUAGAUAGAUAGAUAGAUAGUAGAUAGAUAGAUAGAUAGAUAGAUAGAUAGAUAGAUAGAUAGAUAGAUAGAUAGAUAGAUAGAUAGAUAGAUAGAUAGAUAGAUAGAUAGAUAGAUAGAUAGAUAGAUAGAUAGAUAGAUAGAUAGAUAGAUAGAUAGAUAGAUAGAUAGAUAGAUAGAUAGAUAGAUAGAUAGAUAGAUAGAUCAACACAUAGCUGGUCAGACAGAGUAACUCAGGACUGUGCGAAGGUGUUCAGCGAAACAAUCGAGAACAUGGAUAGGUGGUGACGUUCUGGGUCAGGAUCCUAAUUCCAAGUAGUACUGACCCAACAUGUCAGCUAUCCAUGUUCUUUAGAGAUGCCGCCUGACCCAUUGAGUAACUCCAGAACUUAGUGUCUUGCCUUCUUGACCAACCUAUCUGCCCUGAUUUACCCGGUCUUAAUGGCUUACUGUUUAUUCUUCAGAGUUUGACGUAAGGCUCGCGGGAGGCAGCGAUCGUUGUUCGGGUAGAGUGGAGGUGAAGUACAAAGGACAGUGGGGGACGGUUUGUGAUGACGACUGGGACGUUAGAGAUGCCGAGGUCGUCUGCCGUCAACUAAACUGCGGGUCCAGCGCCACGGCAUUCACGGGAGCGCAGUUUGGCGAGGGGAACGGGAGCAUUUGGAUGGACAAUGUAUUUUGCCGUGGAAACGAAACAUCUCUUUCGCAAUGUACCUUCCCUGGAUGGAAAAUAAACAACUGCGAUCAUACUGAAGAUGCGGGAGUCCAAUGCACUGAAGAGUUUGACGUAAGGCUCGCGGGAGGCAGCGAUCGUUGUUCGGGUAGAGUGGAGGUGAAGUACAAAGGACAGUGGGGGACGGUUUGUGAUGACGACUGGGACGUUAGAGAUGCCGAGGUCGUCUGCCGUGAACUAAACUGCGGCCCCAACGCCACGGCAUUCACGGGAGCGCAGUUUGGCGAGGGGAACGGGAGCAUUUGGAUGGACAAUGUAUUUUGCCGUGGAAACGAAACAUCUCUUUCGCAAUGUACCUUCCCUGGAUGGAAAAUAAACAACUGCGAUCAUACUGAAGAUGCGGGAGUCCAAUGCACUGAAGGCAAGUACGCAGUAAAGCCAUAGAGUCAUUGGGCCCCAGAGCCACAGAACGACGGAAUCACAGUCAUAUCGUCAGGGAACCCCAGAGCCACAGAACGACGGAAUCAAAGUCAUAUCGUCAGAGCCAAAGAGCCAGAGAACGAUGACAUCACAAUUAUAUCGCCAUAUCGUCAUUUUGCCAUAUUGUCAUUUCGCCAGAGUGUGAUAGAUAGAUAGAUAGAUAGAUAGAUAGAUAGAUAGACAGACAGACAGACAGACAGACAGACAGACAGACAGACAGACAGACAGACAGACAGACAGACAGACAGACAGACAGACAGACAGACAGACAGACAGACAGACAGAUAGAUAGAUAGAUAGAUAGAUAGAUAGAUAGAUAGAUAGAUAGAUAGACAGACAGACAGACAGACAGACAGACAGACAGACAGACAGACAGACAGACAGAUAGAUAGAUAGAUAGAUAGAUAGAUAGAUAGAUAGAUAGAUAGAUAGAUAGAUAGAUAGAUAGAUAGAUAGAUAGAUAGAUAGAUAGAUAGAUAGAUAGAUAGAUAGAUAGAUAGAUAGAUAGAUAGAUAGGUGGGUAGGUAGGUAAGUAGGUAGGU